CCUGCAGGUGAGGUCGAAUGCGAGAGAGAGAAGCGGAAGCGCCGACAGGUGGAUAGGACAGUUCACCUCUGUUUUAUACAUGGACGAAAGCAAAACGCAGUUGGUUGACAGCCUGAUAAUAUGGCUGCAGACCUUCAACACCACAGCACCCUGCAGAACGGCAGAAGAUCUGACCACUGGAGCAGCAAUAUCAGAGGCAUUACAUCAAAUAGACCCAGCCUGGUUCAGUGAUGCCUGGUGCAGUCGCAUCAAGACUGAUGUGGAGGACAACAGGAGACUGAAGAUGAAUAACCUGAAAAAGAUUCUUCAGUUUGUGGUGGACUAUUAUCAUGAGGUGUUGGGUCAGGACAUCUCUGACUUCUUACUGCCUGAUGUGGCCUUGGUGGCGGAGCACGCAGCUGCUGAUGAUCUUGGCAGGCUGCUGCAGCUGGUACUGGGCUGUGCUGUUAAAUGUGAGCGCAAACAAGAGUACAUUCAGAUCAUCAUGACUUUGGAAGAGUCUGUGCAACAUGUUGUCAUGACGGCCAUCCAAGAGCUUUUAAGCAAAGAAACCAUGACCCCAUUUGGAGCAGAACUUUCUGGAGACCUGGAGCAGCAGCUGAAAAAAGCCUUGGAGGACUUCGCUGAGCUUUUGUCAGAGAAAGACGCAUUGGCUCAGCGCUGUGAAGAACUGGACUUGCAGGUUGCUGUACUUCAGGAGGAGCGGAACAGUUUGCUGGCUGAGAAUGAUGUUCUGACUGACCGAGCCAAUCAGCUGGACACAUUUGAUGACCCCAGCACCUUGUCGGGGAGGAAGCAUAGCAUGUUGCAGCAGCAGCUGGAGACCCUGCAGGAAGAAAGCUUCAGGCUGGAGGCUGCCAAGGACGACUACAGGAUCCAUUGUGAGGAGUUGGAGAAACAGCUCAUCGAGCUUCAGCACCGCAACGAUGAGCUAACCAGCCUAGCAGAAGAGUCGAGAGCACUCAAAGACGAACUGGAUGUUCUGAGGAACUGCUCUGAUCGUGUGGUGAUCUUGGAGGCAUCAGUGGAAACGUACAAGCGCAAGCUGGAGAAUCUGGGCGACCUUAAGAGGCAGAUGAAGCUGAUGGAGGAGAAUAACGUGACAUACAUGCAGAACACCGUUAGCCUGGAGGAGGAGCUGCGCAAGGCCAACGCUGCACGCGCACAGCUGGAGACGUACAAGAGACAGGUCCAGGAGCUGCACAAGAAGUUGUCUGAUGAGACCAGAAGAGCUGACAACUCUGCCUUUGAGAUGAGGAAGCUGGAGGAGAAGCAUGAUACUGUGUUGAAGGAGAAAGAGAGGAUCAUCAUUGAGAGGGACUCGCUUAAAGAGAUCAACGAGGAGCUACACUGCACUCUGGCUCAGGAAGACCAGCUCUCCAAACCAGGUGAGCUACAUGCAGAAACAUCUGAAAGAAAUAACACUGACCAGCUUGGUGACUAUUGGUGUCGACUCCUUGCAGGGAUGCUUCCUACUAGCAGCUCCAGCCAUGACAACCUUGCUGCUGAACUUAUACCGAUAGAACAUAGGGAGAAGUUCAUCAGACUGCAGCAUGAAAACAAGAUGCUGAGAGUGCAGCAGGAAGAAUAUGAGACGGGUAGAGUCGCAGCUCUGCAGAUGCAAUUGGAGGAAGCGCACAAGACACACAGCGAGCAGGACACAGAGAUCAGGUUGAACCGAGAGCGCAUCAGUGAAUUGCAGCAGCAGGUUGAAGAUCUCCAGAAGGCUUUGCAAAGUCAGGCUGCUAAACCUGAUGAUUCCAACCUGAAGCGGAAACUUGAUGCUCAUAUGGUUCAGCUGAAUGAGGCUCAGGAUGAAAUCAUGAAGAAGAAAGAGCUGUUGGAGGACCUGCAGCCAGACAACACUCAGACUUCACUGAAGGUAGAGGAGCUGAUGGCGGCACUGAAGAAGAAAGAUGACGACAUGCGGGCGAUGGAGGAACGGUAUAAAAUGUACCUGGAGAAAGCUCGCACCGUGAUUCGGGCGCUAGACCCUAAACUAAACCCUGCCACAGCUGAAAUCCAGGCCCUCAGAAAUCAGCUGACUGAGCGGGACAAGACCAUUACCAACCUGGAGCGUCAGUGUGAGCAGGCCCGACUCAGAGAGCAAGAGGAGAAGAUGAUUGUCACUGCGUGGUAUAACAAGAGUUUGACGUUCCAGAAGUUGGCGAUGGAGUCGAGACUCACCGGCAGGGCCGGGGCACUGCUGUCACCUGGUCAGUCCUUUCUGUCCCAGCAACGGCAAGUCUCCAACGCCCCACGUCGGACGCUCUCUAUGACAACCCCCGCUGCCACUAAAUAGAUCCUUCAUGUGCAGACCAUUUCCACAAGUGACCUUAGAGGCUCUCCAGUCUUGGUUCCAACUGAUCAUUCAUGGAUCAAACACAACUUUGAGGACAGUAAAUUGAUCAGACGCGUCUGUGUCUUUGACUGUGCAGACUGCCUUGUUUGCUCCUGUAGUCUGGACUGAAAACGGGACAUGUUGGUCCUUGUGAGUAUAAAGGUAACGGCAUCUGGUGCUGGACACCACCUUCCUGAAAGAUUCAACAGCCCUGUCUUUGUGAAUGGCAGUGAUCGACUGGGUCCUUUAUACUUGCCUCUUCACCCCCGAGAUCAGACUUAAGCAUUUUUUGUACACUUACUUUUAAAAUGACUAUAAGAAUGUAGGAGAGAAAUUUCCAUUGUUAAUGUGAUCUUUACCAGCAGCUUAUCAAGAAUGUGAAAUCCAGGCAAUCAAAUAGGAUUUUGAGUUACUGUAUCAAUAUUGUAUGACACAUGGGUUGAACACAGUUGUUUUUAUAAAAUCACUUUUGUCGAAUUCAAAUAAUCUUUCAGCUUUAAUGAUUGUGUUGUAGUUUGGACUGUGGUUUAUACUAAAAUGGUUUAGAUAAUUGUCACCGUUCCAUUUAGACCUCAAGGUUUUUUGUAAAAUAGAUCAGACAAGCUGAUGUUGUUCGAAAUGUAAAAUGUAUAAUUUGUCUUAAUAAAAUGAAUUGUGUUUUCUAGUUCAACGAAUGCCAUAGUCUUAGGGCAAUCAACUAUGUACGUAUGCGAAUA